GCGGCGGGAAACUUGCGCCCGUCGGGGGCUCAGUUCUAGGGUCGCUCCGCGGGGAGCGCCCAGCUGCGGCCCCUACCACACCAAUCGCAGAAGCCCAGAGCCAGCCUGGCCUGCCGUCCUUCCGCCGUGUGGCCUUUAGGGGCAGUGGGAGUCGGGGACUCGGGGGCCCAGAGGACGCGGGGUGGGCAGGCCCACCCCCUCCCGGCGCUUGCGGGCAGGUCGGGGGGGGGCGACUCCCUCUCGGUGAGGAAGGUGGGAAACCGUCCCUCUGCGUGUUCAAGAGCAGGUGGAGACAUUCCUUUAGGGCAUCUUCCGAGGUGGGGAAUGGACUUGUCAUCUCCCGUUGAUUGGGCCGAGGGGGGCGGGGGGCCUUGGCGUAGCACUCACGCCCCUCCCACCUCCCAAAUUCGACCUUCUCAGGACUCUGCCCACUCCCACGAGACACGUUGAGGAAGAGGAAGGUAUGGCCACCGGGCUUCCGACGGCCUGGUUCCGUGAACCAGUGACCUUUGAAGAUGUGACCCUGGGUUUUACCCCGGAUGAGUGGGGAAUGCUGGACCUCGAACAGAAGUCCCUGUACAGGGAGGUGUUGCUGGAGAACUACAGAAACCUUGUCUCAGUGGAGUGUCCUGAGGCUCAGUUGGACCCUCAGUUCCAUCCUUUUCCUGCUGGGAAUCCCUUGAUGAAGAUCGAGGUUGUUGAAAUCCUCACACUGAACGAGGAGGUGGCUCUUCCCCGGAACGCCCAGAUCCGCGCCCUCUAUGCUGAAGAUGAGGGCCUGAGCCCAGACAUCCUCAGGGAGCCCACUCAACAUCUGGAUAAGCACCUAACUGACCCUGAGACCGCUCGCCAGAGGUUCCGGGGGUUCCGCUUUGAGGAGGCGGCAGGGCCCCGAGAAGCCCUGGCCCGGCUGCGCGAGCUGUGCCGCCAGUGGCUGCGGCCCGAGGUGCACUCCAGGGAGCAGGUGCUGGAGCUGCUGGUGCUGGAGCAGUUCCUGGGCGCGCUGCCCGGUAAGCUCCGGAUGUGGGUGGAGUCGCAGCACCCAGUGGACUGCCAGGAGGCAGUAGCCCUGGUGGAGGACGUGACCUGGAUCUCCGAGGAGGAAGCACCACCCACCCAGGGCCCCACCAGCUCUCUCCAGACCACAGCUCAGCAGCAGGAGGACAUGGCCACCAGGCUGGCGAAGGCACUGCCUGAGGAACCGGUGACCUUCCUGGACGUGGCUGUGGACUUCAGCAGGGAGGAGUGGGGGCUGCUGGACCCGACACAGAGGACCGAGUACCACGACGUGAUGCUGGAGACCUUUGGACACCUGGUCUCUGUGGGGUGGGAGACUACUCUGGAAAGCAAACAGUUAACUCCAAACCCCAACACGCCCGAGGAAGAGCCAGCCUGCCACCUGAAAGUGGAGGAAUUCUCGAGGGAUGGCGCCCAGCCCUCUGCCUCAGGAGACACCUUGCAGGCUGGGGCCCCAGAGGUCUUGGACACAGCGUUGAAACCAGUGGUGCACACUCAGGAAAAAACCCUCCCUCAGAAGCCAGCCGGUGAAAGCCCCAAACCCCAGGCAAGCACAGGUCCCGACACAAGCCACAUCUCCCUUCAGAAGAGCAUUCCUAGAAAACGCUUGCGCAAGCGGGACCCCAGGGUCAAAAAGAUGACACACAACCCCUGUGUAAAACUUCAUCAGAAGAGCUGCAGCGGGGGAAAGGCCCAGGAGAGCGGGAGCUGUGGAAGAACCUUACCCCGGAGCGCUCAGCAGAUCACGUUUACGCGAAUUCACAAAGGGAGCCAGGUGUGCCGAUGCAGCGAAUGCGGGAAAACCUUCCGGAACCCCAGGUACUUCUCCGUGCAUAAAAAGAUCCACACGGGAGAGAAGCCCUACGUGUGUCCGGACUGCGGGAAGGCGUUCGUGCAGAGCUCCUCCCUCACACAGCAUCAGAGGGUUCACACUGGGGAGAGACCCUUUGAGUGCCACGAGUGUGGAAGGACUUUCAACGACCGCUCGGCCAUCUCCCAACACCUGCGGACUCACACCGGGGCCAAGCCCUACCCAUGUCAGGACUGCGGCAAAGCCUUCCGCCAGAGCUCCCAUCUCAUCAGGCAUCAGAGGACUCACACCGGCGAGCGCCCCUACACCUGUAACAAGUGCGGAAAGGCCUUCACCCAGAGCUCGCACCUGAUAGGGCAUCAGAAAACGCACAGCGGGGUGAAAUGCAAGAAGAAACAGCCUACCUCGUAGCCCUCAAGCCGGGUGAAGAGACAUCGCCUCUGCCGCCUGAUCCUGCAGUGCCACAUGAGCGAGCCUGGUUGGGAUUUGGGACUGAACGUGGAAGGCCUUGAGUGAUGAAGUUCUCAAGACCAAAGGAUGACCAGGGAGACCGCCCUGCACAUAAGUCAGUAAGAAAAGCAGUGGGGAGUAUCGCUAAUGAAUGCAUCAGUUGGAAAAACAUUUAAUUUUUCGCUCAGUUGAUUUGCCAUUUUAAUUUGUUUGUUCGUUGGUUAUUAAAAGUGAUAUUAGUGAAACCUGAAAAUGCUUAUAAUCUAAGUUUAAAAAGCCAGGUACCAAAAAGUCUGUGCACUGAUAUUAUAUUUGUGGUAAAGUAUUUAUGCAUAUGGACAAGGAUUGAAAGAGAACAUAGAUAAAUAAACUAUAUAUUUCUGUGGUAGGA